AUGGCGGAGGGAACUGCAGCCGCUGCGGGGGCAUUGAGUGAGCUUUUUAUUGACGAAGACAAGGUCCACAGAUCGCUGAUUCCAGACGAUGUGGUGAUCCGCGAUUACCUCAGCUGCAUUAACGACGACACAUGGGUGCGACAUGCCGAGCUGGUGCAGCUUUCAGACCUGAAGGAAACACCGCACGAGGAGCUGGUGAAGAAGGAGGUCCUCCGCACAUUUAUUGAGGAGCGACGUAGAAGCGGGCUGGAGGUGCCAAGGGAUCUCAUCAUGGAGGGCAUAAUUUGGCAAGAACGGUUUAUGGAAGAGUAUAAAAGGGAACAGCGUUCACAAGACAAUAAGGAAGCAUCAAACUACAAGCAAUCUCUAAUGUCAAAGUUUCGGACGAAGCGAACUGGUGUGAGUGGCGUCACCGACUCCACUUCAAGAGGAACAAGAGCCAUUGAGUACAAGGAGGCGCAAGCCUCUGCGCCAGAAUACCCAACGGAGAAUACGGAUGCAAGGGAUACGUAUCAUGAGCUUCCUCAUGGAAAUGCAUCGGCGGCACAACAGGAUCCAAAUAACGACGUGCCCAAGAAGGAAGAGGAGGAAAAAAUUGAACCUGCAGCAGCUAGUGAAUUUGACCACGAAAUAGACAUCGCCGCAGAACCGUGCCCUGUGGAAGAUCACACUGAACCUGAGCAACAGGCGGAUGAGGCUCUUCAGCAGGGCCAUUCUGGCGAGAGCAAAAAUGAAUAUCCGACCGAAGAUGAAUUCCCAGCUGGGCAGCAAUCGGCUGUGGCUGAACCGGCGGUUCAGGCUGCUGUACCCGGUGAUGUGACGCAGGCCGCUGCUGAAUACCCAUCUGAGGAGGGGAUUUCAGCCGAGAAGCCGAACCAUGAGGGGGAGGCAACGGCGCCUGACACUGAGGCUCCCGAUGGCACGGAGUAUCCGGUUGAAGAUGCCAAAACUCCGCCCAACGAGCCGGCGGCGGAUCUGGCAGACCAGCCAGCUACCGAUGCGAAUGCUGAUACAAACGCGGAAGAAAUGUGA